CCCGCCGGCGGGCUGGGCCCGAGCAUGUGCAGCUGCGGCAGGCACCUGGCAGGGAGCCGCAGCGCCGGGGAUGUGAACCAGGCGGGGAGGAAGGCCCUUGACUCAUCAGAUAAAUCCAGCCCCGCACGGCGAGCGAAGGCGGAGGAGGCGCGGCGGCGCGGCUGCGAGCAGGGGAGGAGGAUGGCGGGGGACAGCGAGCAGCGGCUGGAAGAGCAGGGGCAGCCCAGCGGCGGCGAGCCCUUCCUCAUCGGGGUCAGCGGCGGCACGGCCAGCGGCAAGUCUUCAGUAUGUUCCAAGAUCGUCCAGCUGCUGGGCCAGAAUGAGGUGGACUACCGCCAGAAGCAGGUGGUGAUUGUGAGCCAGGACAGCUUCUAUCGGGUCCUCACCUCAGAGCAGAAAUCCAAAGCACUCAAAGGCCAGUUCAAUUUUGACCACCCAGAUGCCUUUGACAACGAGCUGAUCGUGAAAACACUCAAAGAGAUCACAGAAGGGAAGACGGUCCAGAUUCCUGUCUAUGACUUUGUCUCCCACUCCAGGAAAGAGGAGACGGUGACCGUGUACCCUGCCGACGUGGUGCUCUUCGAAGGCAUCCUGGCCUUCUACAGCCAGGAGGUGCGGGACCUCUUCCGCAUGAAGCUCUUCGUGGACACGGACGCGGACACCCGGCUGUCCCGCAGAGUGCUACGAGACAUCAGUGAGCGAGGCAGGGACCUCGAGCAGAUCUUAUCUCAGUACAUCACCUUCGUCAAGCCUGCCUUCGAGGAGUUCUGUUUGCCGACCAAGAAGUAUGCUGACGUGAUCAUUCCCAGAGGAGCAGAUAAUGAAGUGGCCAUAAACCUGAUAGUGCAGCACAUCCAGGACAUUCUUAACGGAGGACUCAGCAAACGCCAGAGCAACGGCUACCUGAACGGCUACACUCCCCCGCGCCAGCGGCAGCCCUCAGAGUCCAGCAGCCGGCCUCACUGACCCCGGGCGGAGGCGUGAGGCUGCGGGCCGGGCACCAGGCCCUGCCACUGCCCCUCUGUACAUACUGUCCGUUCGAUCCCCCCUUAUCUAUUUAAGAAACCAGACGGAGACGAAUGCCUUUAAUUUUGUAUGUUCGAAAUGCCGAAUGAGAAGCAGCCGGUUGCUCGGGAGCCCGGACCGCCCACAGUUCCUGGCCUUGCUCAAUAACUCCUCCAGCACGGAACCGGCUAUAAAUCUCUAUAAAUAUAGAAUUGCUCUAUUUUUGUGUAAA